CUACAAUCUUGAAUUUUUCUUCGUUUGGAAAUACACAUUGAACUCUCACGUGGACCCCGUAAAUUCCUUGGACUACAAGAACAUAUUCACUAGCCUGAUUUGACUCACGAUUUUGUUUGAAAUUAUGUCUGCGUGCGUGAACUUCGUCAGGAGCUCGUUUUUGCGACCCGCAUGUCCUUCAUCACUUGCUGUCCGAUCGGCGACGGUUUUUCGACAAGUUCUGAGUUCUGACGGGUUACAGAGUUCUCAGCAUCAUUGCUCCACAUUAAGACCAACUGCAGCCACUGCAGUGAGAUCACUAGCAACCCAGACCCCAGACCAUGGAGUACCAGACACGGAGGAUAAUGACAUCAUCAAUCCAAACUUCAUCAACCGCAACCCUCGCAACCUGGAGCGGAUGGGCCUGGGGAGGAAGGAGCGGGGAUGGAAGACAACCUGGCCCAAAAAGGAGUGCUGGCAUAGGUGUCAUUUUGUGAAGAGUAAACGUUACGUGACUGGGUAUGUUCAGCACCACAACGGACACAUUGUUGCAUCUGCCUCAUCCUUUGAGUGGCCAAUAAGGAAACACCUCUACAGCACCAGUGACGUUUCUGCAGCGGAGAACAUCGGCCAUGUCCUGGCGCAGCGGUGUCUGGAGGCAGGGAUCCACUUCAUGGAGUUUGACGAUGUUCCUCACAAGUUAGAGUCUGAAACGGUACAGAGAUUCCAACAGGCCAUGGUAGAUGGAGGAAUAAAUCUGUCAGAGCCAAGAAGAAUUUACGAACACAAACAUCUGUUCAAGGAAACAGAUUACGAUGCAGAAGAUUAUAACAUGAAGGAAGCAGAGAUUGAACAAUAGAGCAAUCUAUAGAUCUGUUACUAACGACAAUAGAUGUAGACAACAACAUUUUUGAUAAACAUGAAAGAUGCUUGUAGAAAUCAGCAACAAAUUUAAAAACUGGAUGGUAUAAAUGAUACAUGACACGUAUGACUAUGAAAAUCUAAGAGUGUUCAAGAAUGUACGUGUAUUGCCAAGAAUAAAACUGGAUGUAUUAC